AUGCCAUCAAAUAAUAAUAAAUUUCAAUGUCAAACUUGUGAUGCUUCUUUAAAAUUAGAUGAUAGUUUAAAACAUUUAAAUCAAAAUCAAGUAAAUUUAUUAAUUAACCAAUCAAAAAAUAAAAUAUAUGAAGAUGAAAAUAAUAAAUUAAUUCAAGAUUUAAAUCCUAGUCAAUACAUACUAAAAUCAAAAUUAGAGUUUUAUAACAAAUUAAAUCAGAAUCAGGAGCCAUUGCAUUAUAGGAAUUAUUUAGAGAGUGAAGAAGAAGAAGAGGAAGAGGAAGAGGAAGAGGAAGAGGAAGAGGAAGAGGAAGAGGAAGAGGAAAAGGAAGAGGAAGAAGCAGAGGAAGAGGAUGAAGAAGGAGAGGCUCUAGCGAAUAACGAUUCAAUGCUUGAUUCAAAUUCUUAUUUAGUUUUAGAACCAGAGAAGAAUGAUGAGCAAGUAAAGACUGAAAAAGAUGACAAGGAUAAGGAAAUAUUAGAAGCUUCUCGAGAGAUUAAAAUUUCAGAAAGAGUAGCUACACUUGAAAAAGUAUUCAAUAUUAUGUCUUUAAAUCAAGAAAUUGAUCAUCCAUUAAGUGAAGAUUGUGCUCAAUUAUUAAUUGAAAAUUAUAAAUCUAAAUUUGAUAGUUUACAAAAGCAAAAAGAUUCAUACUUACAAUUUCUUAAAAAAUUAAAACAAAAAGAUUCACAAUUAAAUUUAUUAAAUGAUUAUAAUGAUCAAUUGAAUCAAAAUUUAUUAAAAGAAAGUUUUGAUACAAAAUUAACUGAAUCAAUUCAACAAUAUGAAAUGUUGAGACAAGCUGAAAUAUCAAAUAUUCAAGAAUUGAAAAUUUUAGAAGCUGAAAAGGAUAAAUUGACUAAAUUAUUGAAAACUCACGAAAAAGAAUUGAAAAAUUUACAAGAGAAUGAAUUGAAUAAAGUUAUGAAAUUAAAACAAGAAUUACAAGAUGAUUUAAAGAUUAAAAAUGAUGGGUUGGAGGAAUUAAAAUCAACUUAUUCAAGUCAAUUAAAAAAUUUAGAUAAUUUAAGAAAUUUAAAUAUUUAUAAAGAGAUAUUUAAUAUUAAUUCUUCAAUUUCAAAUUCAAAUACUGAAGUUGGUAUGAUUAACGGAUAUAGAAUUGGCUAUAAAAUCGUAUGGCCUGAGAUUAAUUCUGCUUUAGGACAAAUUAUACUAUUAUUAAUAUUUGUGAUAAAAAGAUUAAAUUUAAAACUCGAUGAUUAUAAAUUAGUGCCCAUGGGUUCUCAAUCACAAAUUGUAAAAUUUAAUAAACAGAAUCUUAAUUCAUCGACAGGUAAUACUAAAACAGUUUUAAAUUUAUAUUCAUGUGAUGAAUUCUCAUUAGGUAAAUUAUUUAAUUUUAAUAAGUUGGAUGUUUCAUUGAUUGCCCUUCUUGAAAUUAUACAAGUUAUUGAGAAUCAUAUAAGAAAAAUUGAUACUGAGUUCGAAUUACCUUAUAAAAUCAAAAAAUCAAUGAUUGGAAAUAAAUCAAUUAGAGUUUCAUCAAAUUAUGAGUGGAGUUUAAGUUGUAAAUUUUUAUUGAUUGAUUUAAAUUGGAUUUUAACUUUUGUUUCAACUCAUACAUCACCAUUAGAGGAAUGA